GCUGCGCAGCUGCAGCCCGGGUGGCCGGCUCCAGAGCCCUUCCCGGGACGUGGAACCCAGGCACAACGCUGCCCAGCCCCGCGUGAACGAACCCACGCCCCGGCAUGGCCGCGUCCGGCCCGGACCCCCGUUUCCUGCUGCUCCUGCUGUUGUCGCUGCUGCCGCCCGCUGCUUCAGCCUCCGACCGGCCGCGGAGCGGCAAACCCGUCAACCCAGAGAAACUGCUGGUGAUCACUGUGGCCACCGCUGAGACAGAGGGCUACCGGCGCUUCCUGCGGUCCGCGGAGUUCUUCAACUACACUGUGCGGACCCUGGGCCUGGGACAGGAGUGGCGUGGGGGUGAUGUGGCUCGUACGGUGGGCGGAGGACAGAAGGUGCGGUGGCUGAAAAAGGAAAUGGAGAAGUACGCAAAGCGAGAGGACAUGGUCAUCAUGUUCGUGGACAGCUACGAUGUGAUCCUGGCCGGCAGCCCCUCAGAGCUGCUGAAGAAGUUCGUGCAGAGCGGCAGCCAGCUUCUGUUCUCUGCCGAGAGCUUCUGCUGGCCUGAGUGGGGGCUGGCGGAGCAGUACCCCGAGGUGGGCAGCGGGAAGCGAUUCCUCAACUCUGGUGGGUUCAUCGGCUUCGCCCCAACCAUUCACCAAAUCGUGCGGCAGUGGAAGUACAAGGACGAUGAUGAUGACCAGUUGUUCUACACCCGCCUCUACCUGGACCCUGGACUGCGGGAAAAACUCAAGCUGAAUCUGGACCACAAAUCCCGCAUCUUCCAGAACCUCAAUGGGGCUUUGGAUGAAGUGGUGUUGAAGUUCGACCGGAACCGUGUGCGCAUCCGCAACGUGGCCUAUGAUACGCUCCCCGUGGUAGUCCACGGCAACGGCCCUACCAAGCUCCCGCUGAACUACCUGGGAAACUACGUCCCCAAGGGCUGGACGCCUGAGGGAGGCUGUGGGUUCUGUGCCCAGGACCGGAGGCCACUCCCUGGGGGCCAGUCUCCCCCCCGGGUGCUACUGGCCGUGUUCGUGGAGCAGCCCACCCCAUUCCUGCCCCGCUUCCUACAGCGCCUACUCCUUCUGGACUAUCCCCCAGAGAGAGUCACCCUGUUUCUGCACAACAACGAGGUGUACCAUGAGCCCCAUGUGGCGGAUGCCUGGCCACAGCUGCAGGACCACUUCGCAGCCGUGAAGCUGGUGGGGCCGGAGGAGGCCCUGAGCCCUGGCGAAGCCAGGGAUAUGGCCAUGGACAACUGCCGACAGGACCCCGAGUGCGACUUUUACUUCAGCCUGGACGCUGAUGUUGUCCUCACCAACCCACAGACCCUGCGCAUCCUCAUUGAAGAGAACAGGAAGGUGAUUGCACCCAUGCUGUCCCGCCAUGGCAAACUCUGGUCCAACUUCUGGGGAGCCCUGAGCCCUGACGAGUACUAUGCCCGCUCCGAGGACUACGUAGAGCUGGUCCAGCGCAAGCGUGUGGGCGUGUGGAACGUGCCCUACAUAUCCCAGGCCUAUGUGAUCCGUGGGGAGACCCUCAGGACAGAGUUGCCCCAGAAGGAGGUGUUCUCAGGCAGUGACACUGACCCGGACAUGGCGUUCUGUAAGAGCCUGCGUGACAAGGGCAUCUUCCUGCACCUGAGCAAUCAGCAGGAGUUUGGCCGCCUCAUGUCCACUUCCCGUUACGACACUGAGCACCUGCACCCUGACCUCUGGCAGAUCUUCGACAACCCCGUGGACUGGAGGGAGCAGUACAUCCAUGAGAACUACAGCCGGGCCCUGGAAGGGAAGGGAUUGGUGGAACAGCCAUGCCCGGAUGUGUACUGGUUCCCGCUGCUGUCAGAGCAGAUGUGCGAUGAAUUGGUGGAAGAAAUGGAGCACUAUGGCCAGUGGUCAGGGGGCCGGCAUGAGGACUCAAGGCUGGCCGGAGGCUACGAGAAUGUGCCCACCGUGGACAUCCACAUGAAGCAAGUGGGCUACGAGGACCAGUGGCUCCAGCUGCUGAGAACGUAUGUGGGGCCCAUGACUGAGAGCCUGUUCCCUGGCUACCACACCAAGACCCGGGCAGUCAUGAACUUCGUGGUUCGCUACCGGCCAGAUGAACAGCCCUCCCUGCGGCCACAUCACGACUCCUCCACUUUUACCCUCAAUGUCGCCCUUAACCACAAGGGCCUGGACUAUGAGGGUGGUGGCUGCCGCUUCCUGCGUUAUGACUGUGUGAUUGCAGCCCCGCGGAAGGGCUGGGGGCUCCUGCACCCUGGUCGUCUCACGCACUACCAUGAGGGACUGCCCACAACGCGGGGCACCCGCUACAUCAUGGUGUCCUUCGUCGACCCCUGACACUCAGCCAUUUUGCCAAGCCCUCCAUCACCAUUGUGCCUUCUCAGGGUGGCCCCGUCCCCCCACCCCCAGAAAAGGGGGACAUAAGUCAGCCUCCUGGCUGCCUCAGCGAGUGGGUGCUGUGCAGUGCUGAGAUCCACCGACUGACCGACUGCAGACACGGCCCCCUCCUCAGGAACCUCCUGGGGGCCCUCUGUCCUGCCUGCAGCCCACAAGGGUUUGUGGGGAAAGGAGCUCCUGGGGGCAGGCCCUGGGUGAUAAAUUAUUAAGACUGCUCCCUCCCA